GCCGUAGACACGACUGCAGUAACAUUAUCGUUUAUGCUUUACCACUUAGCAAAAUUCCCCGAAAUACAACAAAAAGCAUUCGAGGAAGUUCACUCAAUCCUGGGCGAAGACAUCCACCAAACAAUAACAAACCAACAAGUAAUGCAGAUGAAAUAUUUGGAUUUAGUUAUCAAAGAAUCGAUGAGAUUAAAUACGACUGCUCCUGUAUUUUUACGAACACUUGAACAAGAUGUACCUUACGAAAAAACCACGCUACCCAAAGGAUUAAUGGUUUUUAUGAUCCCGUUUAUGAUGCAUGUUGACCCUGAAUUAUAUCCAGAUCCCGAAAAAUUUAUUCCCGAACGGUUUCUCCCGGAAAAUUUGAACCCAAAUAGAUAUAGUUACGCACCUUUUAAUCUUGGUGUUCGGAAUUGUAUUGGAAAAUUGUACGCAAUGGUUUCGAUGAAAAUUGCGUUAGCUAAGAUGUUGCUUAAUUACGAGUUUGUGGACGUUCACCAUCAACUUUGUUUAUCCGUGGAGGUUACUUUGCAAUCAAAAACUGGGAUUCGAGUUGGAAUACGUAAAAGAAAUUACGUGGAAAAGAACGAAUGA